AUGAUACAUAUAUUCGUAACAUUAACUACACCCGCUUCAUCCUUAAACAGCGAAUCAUCAUCUGGCGAACUUACCCUACAAUCCCUUCAAAAUGAGAUAGAUGAUCUCCGAGCUGAUCUGGAGGAAGAAAGAAAUAGACUCGAUGUUCUAGAUUUACGUUUUACUGAACCCAAAGCGGCAUUUCAUGCAAGAGUCUCUCCAAUCAUUGCCAAUGCCACACCAGAUGAACCAAUCAUAUUUUCUCAAGAGGUAACAGAUAUAGGAGGAAACUACAACACUAGCUCUGGAGAAUUCGUGGCACCGGUUGAUGGCGUAUACGUGUUCUUCUGUACCAUUCUUCCAGCUUGGGGCAAAAUUAUUGAAACAAAUCUCCAAGUUAACGGUGGCAAACAAAUGUGGCUAUAUUCAGGCGGAAAGUUCCGAGGUUCUGGUAGCAAUCUUGCAGUGCUGAACUUGAGUGCUGGUGAUGUUGUGAACAUUGCUAAAAACGGAAUCUUUGGCACUCAACCCUUCACAGUGCACCACAUCUGGAGCACAUUCUCCGGUUUCUUACUCCAACCUUUCUACAAUUAA